UCAAGGUCACAAUGGCCUAUGCUGAAAACAAAACACCGAAGGGCUCUGUUUUGCUCUGUCUCUUGUUUCUCUUUGCUACGAUUUUGUUAAGCUGUGGACGAGUUUGGAGCCAAACAUCUCCCGUUUUUGCUUGUGAUGUUUCCAAGAAUGCGGCAUUGGCAAGUUUUGGGUUCUGCAACAAGUCACUGUCCGUGGAUGAGAGAGUGAAAGACCUUGUGAGUAGGUUGACAUUGCAAGAGAAGAUUGGGAACAUGGUGAAUUCUGCGGUGGAUGUGAGUAGGCUUGGGAUUCCACGUUAUGAAUGGUGGUCUGAGGCACUUCAUGGAGUGUCCAACGUUGGUCCUGGGACACGUUUUACCACUGUGGUACCUGCGGCUACAAGUUUUCCUAUGCCUAUUCUCAUUGCAGCUUCUUUCAAUGCUUCCUUGUUUCAAACCAUUGGAAGGAUGGUUUCAACGGAAGCCAGAGCAAUGCACAAUGUGGGGUUGGCUGGUUUGACAUAUUGGUCACCGAACAUUAACAUAUUCAGGGAUCCAAGAUGGGGAAGAGGUCAAGAGACACCAGGGGAAGAUCCUGUGCUAGCUAGCAAAUAUGCAGUUGGGUACGUGAAAGGUUUGCAACAAAGUGAUGAUGGGGACCCCAACAAGCUCAAGGUUGCUGCUUGUUGCAAACACUAUACAGCCUAUGAUUUGGAUAACUGGAAAGGUGUUCAGCGUUACACCUUCAAUGCUGUGGUGACACAGCAAGAUUUGGAUGACACAUUCCAACCACCAUUUAAGAGCUGUGUGAUUGAUGGGAAUGUUGCCAGUGUCAUGUGUUCCUACAAUCAGGUUAAUGGAAAGCCAACCUGUGCAGAUUCUGACCUACUUAAGGGUGUUAUCCGGGGCCAAUGGAAACUAAAUGGAUAUAUAGUUUCUGACUGUGACUCAGUAGAAGUGCUUUUCAAAGAUCAGCACUACACCAAGACUCCUGAAGAAGCUGCAGCAAUAUCCAUUCUGGCCGGGCUUGAUUUGAACUGUGGAAAAUAUCUAGGCCAAUAUACAGAAGGUGCUGUGAAGAAAGGGCUUGUAGAUGAAGCAUCCAUUAGCAAUGCUGUCUCCAACAAUUUUGCCACAUUGAUGCGUCUUGGUUUCUUUGAUGGUGAUCCAAGCAAGCAACCUUAUGGAAACCUCGGUCCAAAAGAUGUCUGCACUCCGGCGAACCAAGAACUUGCCCGUGAAGCUGCCAGGCAAGGGAUUGUGUUGCUGAAAAACAGUCCAGGAUCACUGCCUCUUAAUGCCAAAGCCAUUAAAUCAUUGGCAGUUAUUGGCCCCAAUGCUAAUGCUACUAAGACCAUGAUUGGAAACUAUGAAGGCAUUCCAUGCAAGUAUACAUCACCUUUACAAGGCCUAACAGCCUUAGUUCCUACAAGCUAUGCUGCUGGGUGUCCUGAUGUGAAAUGCACUAACCCCAUACUAGAUGAUGCCAAAAAAAUUGCAGCCUCUGCAGAUGUCACUGUGAUUGUAGUGGGUGCAAGUCAAGCAAUAGAGGCAGAGAGUCUUGAUAGAAUCAACAUUCUUCUUCCAGGACAGCAGCAACAUUUAGUUACUGAAGUUGCAAAUGUGUCCAAGGGACCUGUGAUUCUUGUCAUAAUGUCUGGAGGGGGCAUGGAUGUGUCCUUUGCUAAAACUAAUAAUAAAAUCACAAGCAUCUUGUGGGUUGGCUACCCUGGAGAAGCUGGUGGAGCUGCCAUAGCUGAUGUUAUCUUUGGUUUUCAUAAUCCAAGUGGAAGGCUACCCAUGACAUGGUAUCCACAAUCAUAUGUAGACAAAGUACCAAUGACCAAUAUGAACAUGAGGCCAGAUCCUGCCACAGGUUACCCUGGUAGAACAUAUAGAUUUUAUAAAGGGGAAACAGUUUUCUCAUUUGGAGAUGGAAUAAGCUAUUCUAGUGUGGAGCAUAUAUCAGUUAAAGCACCUCAGUUUAUGUCUGUUCCUCUAGCUGAGGAUCAUGUGUGCCGUUCCUCAGAAUGCAAGUCACUUGAUGUUGCUGGUGAGCAUUGUCAAGAUUUGGCAUUUGAUAUUCACCUUAGGAUCAAGAACAAGGGGAAAAUGAGCAGUAGCCAUACGGUGUUUUUAUUCUCUACUCCUCCUGCGGUGCACAAUGCACCUCAGAAAUACUUGCUUGGUUUUGAGAAAGUUCACUUAACAGGAAAAUCAGAAGCACUGGUUAGGUUCAAAGUAGAUGUUUGUAAAGAUUUGAGUGUGGUUGAUGAACUUGGCAACAGAAAAGUUGCCUUAGGACAGCAUCUGCUUCAUGUUGGAAACUUGAAGCAUCCUUUGGGAGUGAGGAUUUGAA